CCUCCAUGGUCUCAGAAUCACAGAGCCAAUUCAAUACCUUUGCUUCCUAAGAUGGCUUCUAAGGCUCUCUUGAUGCUCUUGGCCGCUCUGUCUCUUUCCCUUGCGCUCUCGGGGUCGGCGGACGCACAAGGGUUGAGCGUUGGUUACUACAGCAAGACAUGCCCUCAGGCGGAAGCUAUCGUGUUCGAGGAGAUGACCAAAAUCAUCGAGGUCGCACCCAGCCUUGCUGGCCCUCUCUUGAGGAUGCACUUCCACGACUGUUUUGUGAGGGGAUGCGAUGGCUCGGUCCUGUUGAACUCCACGACGGGGAAUGUAGCUGAGAAGGACGCACGUCCGAAUCUUUCACUCAGAGGCUAUGGCGUCAUCGACAGAGUGAAGGCUAAACUGGAGAAAGCUUGUCCGGGGGUGGUGUCCUGCGCUGACAUCUUAGCUUUGGUGGCGAGGGAUGCGGUGGUUUUGAGCAAAGGGCCAUUUUGGCCUGUGCCGACUGGCCGUAGGGAUGGCGUGGUAUCCAUUGCCAACGAGACCCGACAGCUGCCACCACCGACUGCCAACAUCACUACCCUGAUCUCCAUGUUUGCAGCCCAAGGAUUGAGCGUGAAGGACCUCGUCGUCUUAUCAGGCGGGCACACGAUCGGGAUCUCGCACUGCGCAGCCUUCAACGCCCGCCUGUACAACUUCACCGGCAAGGCCACCCCCACCGACGUCGAUCCCAGUCUCGACAAGUACUACCUGGCAAAACUGAGGACGAUCUGCAAACCCAACGACUUUGUCACCUUUGUGGAGAUGGAUCCCGGGAGCUUCAGGACAUUCGACACCGACUACUACAAGCUGGUGGCAAAGCGGAGGGGUCUCUUCCAUUCGGAUGCGGAACUCCUGCAGCAUCCCCUGACAAAGGCAUACGUCCUGAGCCAUGCCGGUGCUUCAGAGCCGGAAUUCUUCAAGGAUUUUGGGGACUCCAUGAUCAACAUGGGAAACAUCGGUGUCCUCACUGGCUCAGUAGGUGUGAUCAGGAGGCAGUGUUCUGUUGUCAACUAGAGGCAUGGACUUGUGCUCCUCUAAUUAGAGGGAGUGAGGAGCUUUAAGUUUCUCGGGCAAUAGAAUUGAAGGCAGCAAUUACACUAGUCGGAUUGGCAUUCGGUGGUUGCCUUGAUUCUUUGUAACUCUCUCUCUCUCUGUCUCUCUCUCUCUCUCUGUAUCUUGAUAUUAUUCAUAAUAACUGGCAGAAGUCUCCGCCAGCGACGUUCAUUUCUUCCAGGAAUAUAAGUUGCAAAUUUCAAGUUUCAAGCGUCCAA